CGAAUUUGAGUUUGUUGAGUGAUAUUCUGAUGACAUAUUGCAUGUACAAUUUCGAUUUGGGUUCGUUUUAUCGAUACUCUCACUUUUUUCAGCAUGCAAAUUUCGAAUUCGAUCAGUUGGCAAUCAAGAAACAGUUGAUGGAUCUUCGUNAGUUGAUGGAUCUUCGUGAUCUGGUGAUGGUUGUGAAUCCGAAAUUGGCAAACUAUCUUGAGAGUCACGAAUCGGAUGAUAUGUACUUCUGUUUCCGUUGGGUGUUGAUGUGCUUCAAGAGGGAGUUUUGUUUCGAUGACAUAAUGAGGUUGUGGGAGGUUCUUUGGACCGAUUUGCCGUGUAGGAACUUCCACCUGUUGAUCUGUGUGGCGAUACUCGAUAAACAAAUGAAUUUCAUAAUCGAGAAUAAAUUCGGUCUUGUUGAAAUACUU